AUGUCGUUUGUGAACAAUCCAACAUCUGUACCAACUCCACAAACUGAGGGGAGAACUCCUGAACCAGGUGAUGAUUUGUCCACAAUCACGGACCAGGAUACAAGCUCAGAUUCAGCAUCUGUACCAACUCCGCAAGCAGAGGGGAUAACUCCUGAACCAAGCGAUGAUUUGUCGACUAUCACGGACACAGAUUCAAGCCCAGAUCCAACAUCUCUACCAACUCCACAAACCGAGGGGAGAACUCCUAAGCCAAGUGAAGAUCUGUCCACAAUCACGGACCAGGACACAAGCUCAGAGCAAGAGGACAAGUGGAUUGACGUGCUGGUGACAACGAGUGGAGACAUGAGUGAAGAAGCAGUGCGGGAAGCCAUUAUACGUAAGCUCCAGGAGAUGUUCGGGGAUCCAGAUCCUCAGAUCAUGCUUGUGGAUGUCACGUCAGAGCCUCCAAAUAAUGAGGAAGCAGACCAUCAACGAAUGAAGCAUUCUGCUGUUGCCGCUCCCUGAUGCUUUACACCCACUUCCUUUCUCUAGCCCGCCUUAAGCCAAAGAUGCUGCUCACAGUGGGUUAAUCCCAGCUGAGCCCAAAGAUGUUGCUAUACUCUGCCGAUUCCCCAGCGUGCUGCAGCCUGCAAAUUUUCAGAUGAUCACAUUGUGAAGUGCAAUCCCAUUGAGUAGUGAGAGCAGAGGUCUAGAACUGAGAAUGACCACACAGACCCGGUUGCUUCCAGGAGGAGCGGAUCACCCAAAUGAUAUUAAUCACAGGACAUCCUGGGUAUGACCCCUGUAAACACCAGCACCACUCCCUACAGGACUGGGUCAGUGUGAGCCGUCACACACCUUCCACAGUGUCCAGUUCCCUGUAAACACCAACACCUCUCACUACAGGACUGGGUCAGUGUGAGACAUCACACACCUUCCACAGAGAAUGAUUCCUAUACAUACCAACACCUCUCACUACCGGACUCAGUUAGUGUGAGACAUCACACAUGUUUCACGGUGUAUGGACCCUGUAAACACCACCAACCCUCACUAACUGACUGGGUCAGUGUAAGACGUCACACACCUUCCACAGUGUAUGGUCCCUGUAAACACAGACACUCCUCACUGCACGACUGAGUCAAUGUGUGAGACACACAUCAGGGACUGCAAUAGAAUUAGAAAAUUAGCUGAUAUUGGGCUUUAUUGCUUUAAUUGAUCACCAAUUUUGCUGUUAACUGUUUGACUGAACUGAAAUAACGUUUGAAAUAAUGAAUAGCUUUUUUGAUAAAAUGCCGAAAAUUGAAGUUGUCAUGGACUGUGGAUAUAGUGAGGAAUGUCUCUGGAUAUCCGGAUGUCGAAGGAAAGUAUCCUGUACACCCUUGCACAGACAUAUAUGUACACUCACACACCACAGAUCACUCCUACACACAUCCACUCAAUCACCUCGACACCCCUGUACAUAUCCACCCACCCACUAUGACACCCUUACACAUCUGUGUCUGAUGCACUCUCACUCUCCAUCACUCCAUCUGACACACUCUAAUUCUCCAGCUCUCACUCUGACACACACUCAUUCUCCAUCUCUCCCACUAACAAAUUCCCAUUCUCCAUCUUUCCAUCUGACAUGCUCUCAUUCUCCAUCUCUCUGAUGUAGGUUCAUUCUCCAGCUCUCACUCUGACACACUCUCAUUCUCUAGCUCUCACUCUGACGCACUCUCAUUUUCCAUUUUUCCCUCUGACGCACUCUUGUACUCCAUCUCUCCCUCUGACACGCUCUCAUCAUCUUUCUGUCCUUCUGACACAUUCUUGGUCUCCAUCCCUCUCACACUGAGCAUGUAAAGUCGAUCUCUCAUCACAGAUUUACACAAACUGAGAGAGCAAGGGGGGACAAGGCCUCGGAGAACAGAGUGCAGAGACAGUAUAACGUGUCAGAUGGUGACAGGAGCUCUACAUUGGUUUGAUGGACUGAAUAACAAAAGGAUCAUUGAAAUUGAUGAAUAUUAUUUGCUAGUGAAGCUGAUGAUUUGAUUUGCUAUUGCUUGUGUGAGCUCAAUA